CCAAACCCCCAAAGUAAGUCACUCUUACUUUGCUACACAGAAGUAUGUCAAUUGCUAUCCCAAGAGUUUUUCUUGCUCUACUGCUUUUGAUGUUUAUUACAAAAAAUUCAGUGAAUGGGCAGCUAGAAGAAUGGUGUGUAGCAGAUGAGCAAACACCAGACAAUGAGUUGCAGGUGGCAUUAGAUUGGGCAUGUGGAAAAGGGGGUGCAGAUUGUAGCAGGAUUCAAAAGGACAAAGUUUGCUAUUACCCGAACACUGUAAAAGACCAUGCUUCUUAUGCCUUUAAUAAUUACUUUCAGAAGUAUAAGAAGAAAGGUGGAAGUUGUUUCUUCAAUAAUGCUGCCAUGAUUACUCAAGUUGAUCCUAGUUAUAAUUCUUGCCACUACGGGUACAUGCCCUAGUGCUUAUUGCUUUUCAAUCUGUUAAUGCCAAGUUUAGGUUUCAUCAUUUAAGCCAAGAAAGAUAGUCCAGGACAUUAAACAACUGACUAUGUUCUGGAUUUGAGUAAUUGGAAUUCAAUAUGUUGUAGCCAUUUUUGCAACUGAAAGUUUGAGAUAUCAGCUGCUUGUCAUGCAAUAGUGACAUGCAUUAAUUUAUCUA